AUGCCAAAAAUCGACGAUUCAUUCCUUAUGAACCAUACUUGUCUCCGUAUUAAGGAUCCAAAAGUAUCGGUUCCUUUCUAUACUGAAAACUUUGGUUUAAAAUUACUUAAAUACCUCGCAUUUGAUGAUUUCAGUUUAUAUAUGUUAGGGUAUGAAGAUGAAACUACUAAGGGUAAGAAUUGGUCUGCAAGAGAAGGUGUUUUAGAAUUAUGUCAUAAUCACGGAGUUGAAAAUGAUCCAGAAUUUAAAGUGAACCAUGGUAAUGGACCAGAACAUAGAGGUUUUGGACAUAUUUGUCUCUCUGUUGAUAAUAUUCAAGUUGUUGAAAAAAAAUUAUUGGAUAAUGGAGUUAAAUUUCAAAAGAAAUUAGCUGAUGGUCGUCAAAAAGACAUUGCUUUUGCUUUAGAUCCAAAUGGUUAUUGGAUUGAAUUAAUUGAACACGGUAUUGGUAAGGUAGAAGCUAAGACUGAUAUCACCUCUUAUAAAUUCAACCAUUCCAUGAUCAGAGUUAAAGAUCCAAAGAAAUCUUUAGAUUUUUACCGUAAUGUCUUAGGUUUCAAAGUAUUAUCUACUCAUGAAUUUCCAGAAGCUAAAUUUACUCUUUACUUUUUAGGUUAUGAACAUAGUAAAGACUUUAGUGAAGAUUCAGUUGACAGAUCUUUGAAAGCAUCAAAGCAAGCCCUUAUUGAAUUGACUCACAAUUGGGGUACUGAAUCAGAUCCUGAAUUUAAGGGUUAUCAUAAUGGUAACAGUACUGAAGGUGGAGCUAUUCAAGGUUUUGGACAUACUUGUGUUAGUUGUAAGGAUCCUGCUGCAUUAUGUAAACAAAUCGAAGAAGAAUAUGGUGAUGAAGUUAAAUGGAGUUUGAAAUGGGAUCAAGGUAACAUUAAGAAGAUUGCAUUCGUUAAUGAUCCAGAUGGAUACUCCAUUGAAAUUCUUGGUUAUGAUUUAUUUGCUGACUCUGCUAAUUUAUAA